GCUCCACCAUCGCCUGCUCGCCUGCCUGACUGAAUUCUAUCUCGCAACAUUGUUCAAGCCACCGAUUCAAUCCUAUCAAUCUCCGUUUCGAAUAGUUCGUGCUUACGAUUCCUGGCUUCAGCGUGAAGACUCACAAAUCCAAAGUACACUGUGGUGCCUUAAAUCCUUGGUGAUCCCACCCCUACAGUCUCUAGCCGAUAGCCCUUCAACCAGUCGGCAGUUUCAUCAACGCAAGGUGUUGGGUGCAUGGUGAAAUUAGUUGUUCCUGCGGUUGUUGUUGCCUCAGUUAUGUUUCUCAAGGUAUCGAGUGGGAGUGAGUGCUGUUUAAAAAAGCCUUUGAAUUUUGGGUGAGGUGGUCGACAAGUUUUCAGUUGAUAUGAAGAGCGGCGGUGAAUCUGGGGAACGGAGUGGUGUGAGAAGACAAGAGGUAGCAGGUGUGAGGAGAACAGCGACUCUAGACGCGAGAUCGGAGACUCCGAGUGGGGGAGAGAAAGGAAUGGUUGCCAGCGGCGGCGAUGGAGUUUGUGAGGCUGAAGUUAUAAAUCUCACUUCUUCCGAUGAUGAAGGAUCGGGCGGGAAUUCAGGUCUUGAUUUUGGAACGAAACAGCGGGGAGAUGAGGCGGGGGGAUCGAACACAGUCCAACAAGUGUUUUUGCCCCAUACGCCGAGAGGGAGACGUCCUGUGCGGAUAGAGAAUCCCGCGGACUUGACUCCCAACUUCCGUUCUGCAGCAGCAAUGGCUGGGUGGGAUGAUGAGACUUUGCUUAUGCUUGCUGUGGAUUCACCAGCGCUGAAUAGGUUGAACCCAGCAGUGGAGGGAAGUACACCCGAGGGUCCCUCUCGUGCCUCAAAUUGUUCAGCUACCUGUAGGGGCUGCCUUGAAUGUCGUGAUCGGAAAAGAGGGAUUCGCACACCUGGGCAAGCCGCUACCCCACUUAGUGCAGCACGAAGAAGGAGUCUCAGUUAUCUCCUCGACGUGCCAUUCUGUAGACCCAGGAGAUUACGCCGGGUCUCUUCAAACGAAGAACCCAUAAUUCCUAUUCCAAUGGCCGUAUUGAACGACGAAAUUGAUAAGUGUGGAGCUCCAACAAUGAAAACUGAAGGUAGUUUGCAGCAGCAUCCUUCUAAAGAUAAAGAGAACAAGAAUCCCCAACCUUGUGCCAACAUAACUAGCUUGAGAGGCAGAGAAGAACCUGCAGUGGCCAACGUGUCCUAUAACAAUGCACUUCAGCUGGAGAAAUUAAGAGAGGAACUCACUUGCGUGAUCUGCUUGGAUAUAUGCUUUGAACCCUCCACCACAAUCUGCGGUCACAGCUUCUGCAGUGGCUGCUUGCAAUCUGUGUACCAAAAAUGUGGAAUGCGCUGUCCAAAAUGUAGACAGCAGUUGAGAGCAACCAGUAAAUUUGAUUGCCCAAUCAAUACAGUUUUGUGGAAUACGAUUCAGUUGUUAUUUCCCCAAGAAGCUGCUGCCCGAUUGAAAGAUCAAAAGGAGAAUUGCCCAGGGAAAAAUAACAAACCCGAAGGUGCCCCAGUGAGUACUGAGUCUCAAGUGCGCCCUGGGGUAAUUCGAAGGAUCAGUCGUCCCACUCCUUGGCGAGAACUGAGUAGAUCUUCAAGAGGUACGGAACGAUUGCGGCCUAAUGCAGGAAGUCUAACAUUUGCAAGGCCAGAGCGGUUGCGGCUCACGGCUAAUAAUCUGACAUCGUUCCGAAGAGCGUCGGAAGUACUCGAGUCGGGACAAUCGACUGCCGACUACCCAAAUCCUUCCAGUUUAAGAGUGGACGGAUAUCAACAGCUUUUGGGUAGAAGAUCAACCCCUUCAUAUAGGAGUAGGCAGGAGGCGGAAGAUGCAGCACUAGCUGCAAGACUGCAGGAAUCUUUCAUAUCUGAAGCAGGGCUAUGAAAGAACAACGCCUGUAUCAUCUUCGUACUUUACUAUCUGCAAAAUUUUCGUAUGACAUGGGUUGUAGAGAAAAUAAAUGAUAUUAUUACAUGGAGCAUGUCCUUUGGUAAUUGUCCACAAGUAGAUGCCAUUCAGGUAGUUAUUGCACUUAUACAAUGUAAUAUGUCGUCAGCAAAUAUGUUACUGGUCA